UUUUUUCUUGUUCGUUAAUUCUUCGUCUCUCUCUCUGUUUUUCUCUUGCGACAUGGCUGAGCCGGAACCACGAGAUGAUCCCGAAUAUAUGAAAAACUUCCCAAAUGGCUUUUUCGAUUUUGAUGCCGCCGAUAUCUGUUUUCUCGAAGAAGACAGAGAUUUGAAUCUUGAAGAAGAGCCGACUAAGAUUAAUCCGGAGAUUUGUGAAUUAAACCGUGAAGAUAGUAGUGAAUCUGGCGAGAUAAGAAGGGUAGAUAAUAAAGAAGAUGAUCGCAAUGAUGGUGAUGUGCGCAAGGAAUCUGAUGAUAAAAUCGAGUUCUCAGACCAUAGAGAAGAAGCUGAAAACAGAGAAAAACAGAGCUACGAAGAAACUUGUGGUCUUAUUACUCAGCCUUCACAUCAGAAUCCAAGGCUUAAUCAGAUUGCUACGAGUAGUCAUACGAUGGACCCGCAGCAGCAACUCACAAGAACAAACCCUGGAUCAACAUCGUCUACAAGUGAUCGAAACAAUAUCAGCCAACCUAUUGGUAUGCCGAGUCAACUUUCUCCCAAUGCAGCACCAUUCAGACCUCAGAACAACACAUAUCAGCAGCUUCCAGGGGCUAACCAGAUGGCCAAUCUAGUUCCAACGCAAACUGUGAUGCCAACGCCGACUCAUAUAUAUAUUCCAUGGCCAAUGCAGGGUCCGAUGAUAAACCCAUAUCAUCAUUCAAUGGCUAGCCAGCAGAACUUUUAUCAACUUCCAGUGCCUAACCAGAUUCGAGGGCCUGCAUUAGUAUAUUACAACUAUGAACCAUGGAGACUUCAGAACACAUAUCAUCAGCAUCCAUCAGCUAACCAGAUGACCAAUCCAAUGCCAGGGCCACUGUGGCCAAUUCAGCAUCCAAUGGCUUACCCGCAGAACUUAUAUCAACAUCCAAUGGCUGACCCGAGAAUGCCGCAAUACAGGAAUGCUACAAGAGGACAGCCAAGAUCAUUUGAUAUAGGUCAGAACCCACGACAUGCAUGGCCUGAGCUAAAUCAACAAAUGCAGCAACGUGUGCCUCAAACCCAACAGCCAACGCAGUCUCAAGGAUCUUCUGAACAAGGUCAAGAUCAGCAGCAGCCUAGGUAAAACGAUUCUUGACAUGAUUUUCAAGUUUUUCUUUUUGGUAGCUGUCAAAUGAACUGGUGUUGAUGACUGUUUAGUCAAAGAUCUAUUCUAAAGUUUGGAACAAGGAAGAUUUUUCUUCUGAAUCUUCAUUAUCAACUCCUAAUCAAUUUCAAUACUUUUU